AUGAGCCAGAUGUAUGAUGGAGAUUACUAUGCGUCUUCGCGACGCCGCUCUCUCGCUACUCCUCCGCCGUCCAACACCUCAGGUCACAGCAGAACCCGCACGAACAGUGUUCGGGUAAGCAACGGUACCGCGAGCACCCAUACCAGCUUCUCCAGUGGACGAAUGUCCGAAGCAACCAACAUCACGCAGCCGCCCUCUUUCUCAAAAAAGUUUGUGGUGGUUGGCGAUGGUGGAUGCGGCAAGACGUGCUUGUUGAUCAGCUAUUCCCAGGGCUAUUUCCCGGAGAAAUACGUGCCCACCGUGUUCGAAAACUACAUCACUCAGACCACCCACCGGGCAUCCGGAAAGGGCGUUGAAUUAGCACUGUGGGAUACCGCCGGACAGGAGGAGUACGAUCGAUUGCGCCCUCUAUCCUACCCUGAGACGGAUCUUCUAUUUGUCUGCUUUGCUAUCGACUGUCCAGCAUCUUUGGAGAAUGUCGUCGAUAAGUGGUACCCCGAAGUUCUUCACUUCUGCCCCACAACACCCAUUAUCCUCGUCGGCCUGAAGUCAGAUCUUCGCAACAAACGCACCUGCAUCGAGCUCCUCAAGACCCAAGGUCUGACUCCCAUCACCCCAGAACAAGGCCACGCCGUAGCCCAACGAAUGGGCGCAACCUACGUCGAGUGCAGCAGUAAGGAAAUGCGCGGUGUGGACGAAGUCUUCGCCAGUGCAGUCGACAUGGUAUGCUCCAUGGAAGAAGAGGGCCAUACCAACCAGCCAUCGCAUAAUCGCAACACCAGCAAAGCCUCUGCGGCUGGAAUACCAAGCAGACCUGGCAAGAAGAUCAAGAAGCGGUCCUGCAAGAUCCUGUAA